AUGCCAUUCAUUCCCAUUCAUCUCCAUUCAUUCCCAUUCAUUCCCCUUCAUUUCCAGCUUCGCCAAUACCUCAUCGGUCACAAAGGGUCACUCGACGUGCAAACAUUGCUUCUCUUUUGUGCACAGGUGUCAUCAGCUCUCGAAUAUCUCCAUUCUCUUCAAUUCGUUCAUCGAGACAUUGCCGCAAGAAAUGUGCUUGUUUGUUCGCCAAAUCUCGUUAAAUUAACGGAUUUUGGUUUAAGUCGAGCACUUGAUCAUGAUGCUGUUUAUACUGCUUCUCGCGGAAAAUUACCAAUCAAAUGGAUGGCGCCGGAAUCGAUCAAUUUCCGAGAGUUCUCAAUGGCAAGCGAUGUUUGGAUGUUUGGUGUCUGUUGUUGGGAGGUUCUCUCAUGGGGUCAAAAGCCAUGGACUGGAGUGGCAAAUGCGGAUGUGAUUGGCGAAAUCGAGGCCGGCCAUCGACCAGGUUGCCCGGAUUCGUGUCCAAUCUCACUCUUUACAUAUCUCGAGCAACACAUCUGGGCAUUUCAGCCGCCAAAACGCCCGCUUAUUGCCGAGAUCUCACAAAUCCUGCGUGACGUCAUCGAGCAAUUGAAACGCCGAGUACAUCCUGAUCAGAUACGGAUUGUCAGACCGAUACAGAACAUCCCCGUUAUCCGUACGAACAUCGAAUCUCUUCCAAAUUUGACUUUAUGGCGAACGCUGGAAGAUCAACGAAGACAAAUGGAAGAAGAUGAGAAAUGGCUGAAAGAACAAGAGGAAGAAGAAAGAGAAAGCUUGGGAAACAAGAAUAAGCGUCAUUCUUUCGAUGCGAAUGAGAAUUUGAAUGAGAUGCUCAACUCGUUGAUUCUCGAUGAGAUUGGGGGAAACAAUGGGAAUAUUGAUGACUCAAAGCCAGCGCUGACGCCAAAGCUGAUCCAUCACUCGACGAUGAGCUUACCGAAUGGGAUGCCCAACCAAUCCGCCAUCUCAUGCAUGCGUCAAGCCACUGACUCAAUUGUGGAAAGUGUUGCAAAACUGGCGAACACUUACAGUCAACACGUUAAACACGAGCAUUUCGUGCAAGCUAUUAAGGAAAUCACGUCAAAACUCCGCGAAAUGUUCUCCGAGUCGUCGUCAAUGAUCAACGAUUGUACACAAGAGAAACAGCAUGAGAUCGAGAAAUGUGAGGGAUUGAUUGGAAACGAUAUGCGGCAAAUGAGUCGAGCUAUGCAAUCAUUGACUGAACAGGGAACACUAGUGACCUACAACGCGCAUCGCCGAGACGUGAUCCGAAUCGCGCACGAUCUCGCGCACAAUUGUCAGUCAUUCGUGGCUCUUCUCGAGCAAAGACAUCAGAAAGCGGCUGAAUUCUCUUCAAUUCUUAGCGAUUGC